UGACAAUAUAACCAGUUGAAAGUAGUAUUUCAAUGCAAAGAUAAAGAUGCUGAUGGGUUUAUAAACAGCUAAACCUAUGCAGGGAAAGCAUCUGAAAGAGAGCUGCGUUAUAAUCAAAAGAUUGGCGAGAUUUGAUGUCCAAGAAAAAGUCAUGCAAGGUAUAAGAUGACCAAACUAGAACAAGGGAUAUUGGCUCAUGAGGAAAGAAAAGAACGAGCAGCAUUCGUGUUGAUACUGGAGACCUAGGGGUUUUUCUUUAACUUGAAAACUAAUGCGAGUGGAGGUACACUGAAAUAAGGUGGUACAGUAGAGGCUGGCCUGAUUGAUGAAACUUGCCAAUGACUGUAUUUCAUAUUGGAAAUAGAGCCUGAAGUCCAGACUUUCCCACUCUAAGUAGUUUUGAUGGCAGAAAAAAGAAGGUCCUACAGUGGAGGGGAAGCAAUGGAGGAACUCAUGGGGCCCAGUGGACAAAAAUGGGCUAAUAUGGAUCCAGAAGAACGAAUGUUGGCAGCUGCUACAGCAUUUACCCACAUCUGUGCAGGGCAGGGUGAGGGAGAUGUCAGGAGAGAUGCCCGGUCUAUCCAGUAUGAUCCCUACAGUAAAGCUUCAGUAACCCCAGGAAAGCGACUUGCUCUUCCUGUGCAACUGCAGUACCCACAUGUAGAAAGUAAUGCCACUUCAGUAACAGUCUCUGAGCCCUCCCAGAGACUCCGAAAGCCAGUGAUGAAGAGAAAGGUGUUGCGGAAGAAGCCAGAUGGGGAAGUAUUAGUGACAGAUGAGUCGAUUAUCAGUGAAUCAGAGUCUGGUACAGAAAGUGAUAUGGAUCUCUGGGACUUAAGACAAAAGCUUAUGAGUCUACAGUUCCAGGAAGACAUGGACUCCCCAGACGACAUUCCACAGAAAUUUACCCUACCAAAUGAAUACCAAGGAAUUUCUCAAGAUCAGCUCAUUUGUUAUCUACAAAGAGAAGGAAUGGGCCCUCCAGCUUAUGAACAAGACCUGAUCGUUGCCAGCAGACCCAAGUCCUUUAUUCUCCCAAGGCUGGACCAGUUAAGCCGAAAUCGGGGCAAGGUAGACCGGGUAGCCCGAUAUUUUGAGUACAAAAGAGACUGGGACUCGAUGAGGUUACCUGGUGAAGAUCAUAGAAAGGAGUUACGCUGGGGUGUCCGAGAGCAGAUGCUUUCGCGACCAGAACCCCAGGCCAAACCUCAGCACAUAUAUGUUCCAAACAAUUACCUGGUGCCAACUGAGAAGAAAAGAUCUGCCCUUCGUUGGGGUGUUCGUUGUGACCUUGCAAAUGGAGUCAUGCCCAGGAAGCUUCCUUUCCCUCUUUUUCCUUCUUAAGUAUUUUUUAACCUAUUUAUGGGAUUGUUUGAGGGUAAUCUUUAUCUCUGUCCUCUAUUUAAAUAGAAACAACUAACUUGCAAGCCCAUGGAACAUUAUACAGUAAGGACUUCACCCACCAUUGGUCUUUCCUAGGUCUAUAUCACAUUGGUAAUCAAAUACCACUUCACUUCCAAAUUACCACUCUCAAAUCUACUAACUGCAAGAGAAAUAAGGCCAGAAAGAAAAAAAACAGACCUAGUCUUUCUACUUUGUCAGAUAGCACUGUUUCUGUUUUAUAUUGUUUUUAACCUUUGGCCAAUGUGAACUGCUGUUUUUAAAGUUGCUGGGCAUUAAGCUUAUUCAUUAAAGAAUUGGGAUUUUGUGGACUUGA